AUGCUUCUAUUUCUUAUGUUCAUUGGAGUGGGGAUCUGCAAGGAAAACGCCGUGAUCCUUAUCCUUUGCAGGAAUAGCGACAAAAACGGAAUAACGGAAACGAUAAAGAAUUUUGAGGAGAUGUUCAACAAAAACUUUGGAUAUCCCUAUGUUUUCCUGAACGAUGAGGAGUUUACCGAAGACUUCAAGAAAUCGAUAAAGGAUGUUACGUCAAACAGUGUCGAGUUUGGAAAACUUGAUCCCGAGGAGUGGGAAGUUCCACCAUGGAUAGACAUGGAGAAGGCAAACCAAGGGAUGAAGAGCCUAGAGGACAGAAAUGUUAUUUAUGGAGGAUCUCUGUCAUACAGAAAGAUGUGUAGGUUCUUCUCAGGGUUCUUUUAUAGGAACAAAUUAGUCCAAAAGUACGACUACUAUUGGAGGAUAGAGCCUGACGUGAAGUUUCUGUGCCAGAUAGAGUAUGACCCAUUUACGUACCUAAGAGAAAAUAACAAGCAGUAUGGAUUUGUGAUAUCUCUAGCUGAGUUCAUGGAGACGAUUCCUAGCCUUUUUGGAGAGGUGAUAAAGUUUGCAACGAAGAAUCUGAACUUAAUAAAGAAGGUCAACAGCAACAGAUUCAUACUGAACAAUGAUAGAUCGUAUAAUGGAUGCCACUUCUGGUCGAAUUUCGAGAUAGCAAGCUUUAGUUUUUUCAGGAGCGAGACAUAUCAAAAGUACUUUGACUGGCUGGACAAGGCCGGAGGCUUCUUCUAUGAGAGAUGGGGAGAUGCACCUGUGCAUAGCAUUGCAGCGUCUCUUUUUCUGGACAAGGAUCAGAUUCAUUUUUUCAGUGACAUAGGAUAUGAGCAUCCCCCCUUCCGUCAUUGCCCGAGAGAAGCAUCGAUGAAAUCGAAGUGCAAGUGCAGCGUCAAAGACUCAAUGGACAUCUCUUCGAACACAUGCCUGGGAAUGUACAUAAAAUCUCUUUUGUGA